GUCCAACCGAGAAGACCGACCGAAGCGCCAACAGUACCGUACAUCGCUCCACCGCCGCCAGCUCCUUCACUCCGCCGCUGUUGCCAGCAUAAGACCUGGAUUACUUUUUCCACUGUCUAAAGGCUACCCGAUAGGCCGUGAUCCCUCAUCCACAUUGAACUUGAGGGUGGCGCCUGAGAUAAUGGUUGGAUAACCAACUACAAACUUUAUAAUUAACCCAGAAGAUCUAGAGGGGAUUAAAAAAAUUAGUCAAUAAUAUUUGGCAUGAGUUUGAUGCAGCUAAUUUUUAUUUUGUAUGGCCUGGCCAAUCAACUUAUUGGAGCUGCUUUACCAAAAGCAGAGAGUCAGAUAGAGAUCAGUAAAUCAGCUAGUAUUGGGGUGCCACCACUACUAACCUUUAAAAAUGGCAAUAUUGGAGUCAAUUUUUUAGGCUUUAAAGCUUCUGCAGGCCUCGGAGGACUUCUUAUAGGUGAUAUGUCUCAUGGAGGCCUCCACGCAGAAGCCGAGACUCCCUUUGGACAAAGAGCUGAUGCCGGACUCGGAGGAAAAGUUGACGGACAUGGUCGGUCUGUUGGCGUACUCUAUUCAAAAGCCACUGCAGGAGGCAAAGUUGGAGCAGUGGCUGGUCUAUACGGAACAGUAGAUGCAAACGAAUCAGCUAGAAGAUCGUAUGCAGAUGCUUCGGCUUAUGGAGUGGGCAAGACAUUUAAGGAACGGGUUGGUUCACCUGCGGUUGCUACAAGAGGUUUAGCAAAACCGGAAAGUACAAAGAAAAUUGAAAUGGUAAAAGAAGUAUCAUCGGCAACAUCGAAAAUCAAUAUUGAGAUACAACAAGAAGAAGGUGUUGCACCUCCACUAUCUAUUAAAAAAACUCACAUAGAACGUACUUGGACGUCUGACUUUAUCGGAAAAACUAUUCAGGUUCCAUCCUAUGUCGAAAAGACUAUUAAAGUACCUACAAUAGUCGAGAAAAAAAUGAAAGUGUCAACCCCACCCAGUAUAAUUGAAAAAGAAGUUAAUAUUCCACAACACGUAAUUAAAACGCAACAAAUUGUUAAAGAGCACAAUAUCCCAGACACUCCAACAGUCCCUAUUGCGAGGACCAAGACGGUAAUAUCCAGAAGACCAUGGUUGAAUUUGAGAAAACGCAUCAGCGAUGAAAAACCCUAUUAUGGCGACGUAGUAGCCAACGCUGAUAGUUCAAGAAAUAUUGCCGCUAGUAGCGGGUUUGGUUACGAAUCUGCCUAUAAACCUGUACCACCGGUCACCUAUACAACAACUGCAAGAAAACAGUUUAAUGGAAAUUUGAUUAAGGAUAUUUUAACCAUUCCAAUAGCAACGCUAGAGGCAGUAGGCAACUUAUUUGGUAAUUUUGCUGAAGAAAAUCAUGGAUCAGUAUCAGUAUCCAAAUUAUACAGUUUUUAGAUAGAUAUAUAGAAUAAUAUUUUAUAAUUUUUAAGUAGUCAUAAAAAAUCGGCAUUUAAGAGAUUUUUUACAAAUAUACCAUUAUAUUAUAUAUUAUCUUAUAUCGGUUAUAUUGUAUAUCGGUUAAAUACACUAUUUGAACUAUAACAUCAUUAAUAUUUUUAGUAGAUAGGUAGGGUAUUUUUUUAUUUCAAAUUUGUUUUAUACUAAAUUAGGUUAAUUAAAAGUAUAAUAAAACAAAAAA